ACAUAACCUCCUUUUUGACAUAAUAAUAAAAAUUAUGAAAUAACAUUUAAGUUCAACAAUAACAUGGAAAAUUACAAGAUAACAGGAAGGGCAGGCGAAGGAGCUCACGGAUUCGUAUUUAAAGGAGAAGAUUUGAGAAACGACGAGGUGGUGGCACUUAAAAAAAUCGCUGUAAACCCCGAUUCAGAAAUCCCCAAUAAUGUUCUACGAGAGAUACUAACAUUGAGAGUUUUGAAAUACACUCAUAUUGUUAAACUGCUGGAAGUAUUCGCCAUAGGCAGCUCGGUAGUGUUAGCAAUGGAAUAUCUGCCUUGGUCCCUUUAUGAAGUGAUCAAAAACAAAAACCACUCUCUAAAUCUGGCGCAAAUCAAAACUUACUGCAAAAUGAUUCUAAAAGGGGUAAAUUACAUGCAUAGCCAUCAUAUCAUGCACAGAGAUUUAAAACCGUCGAAUUUGCUGAUCGGUACAAAGGGGAUCUUAAAGAUAGGAGAUUUUGGAUUGGCCCGGAUAUACGAUCACGAAAAGAAGCGAUUGUAUUCCCAUCAAGUCGCUACGAGAUGGUACAGAUCACCCGAGCUGUUGUACGGCUCUAAAACGUACAAUAAAUCAGUAGACAUGUGGUCUGUUGGCUGCAUACUCGCUGAAAUGAUCCAAAGGAAACCGUUAUUUCCCGGGGAAACGGAUAUUGAACAAUUAGCAAUCGUGCUGGGGACUUUGGGUACACCCUCUUGCGAAAACUGGCCGGGUUUGACGCUUUUGCCGGAUUACAACAAGAUUUCUUUCAGCCAUAGCGAGCCGAAAAAAUGGAGCAUCAUUCUACCAGACGCCGAUUGUGUGACGUUAAAUUUAAUCGGAAAAAUCCUAAUUUACGACCAAAAUAAACGCUACACGGCAAAAGAGGCACUACAGGACAGAUUUUUCCGCGAAAGGCCCUUUCCCUGCAGGAUAUCGCAGCUACCCAAGCUGGAGGAAUCGGCGGAGCCGCCUUGGAAUUUUGGUGAAUUCGAUGAGUUCUUCGAUGGCAUGACCGUGGAGAGCAAGGGUGAUGUAACCGUGAAAUAAAUUGUUUAAAUCGCACCAGCGUGCACUUCAGUGGGAAACGUUUUUAUAAGAUGCAUUAAUUAAAUCACUUGUUCCAUGCAAUGUAUAAUUGUACAAAGUAUUCUGGUUUGUUUUUUAGCAACUAAACAGGGUCACAAAGGGCGUGGAUUACGUAAGAUUAUGAAAAAUUAUGAGUGGAUAGAAAAAAACUAAAAUGUUGACACUACGAUAACAAAAAUUGCAAUGUUGCUACCUACAGGGUGUUCUAGACCUUAU